GGAGAGCGCGAGUAAAUAAGCAGGAGUGAAAACCAGAACACACGGAGCAGUAUCAGCAGCAGCACACAUCACAGAAUGCAGAAUUGAUUUUACUCGGAACGGUCGAUCCUGCAGAAGUGUGUAGUGAAGAAAAUUUUGCUGCCCUCAAAAGAGUAACCUAGAACUGCUGGAAAUAAGAAAUUCGGACAAGUCGCGUGAUGUCGUACUUCCACGGCCCGGUACGGAUCGCGAUCGAGUAGUACGGGACAUGGCUACAAACUAGAUUUUCACUGGGACAAUCGCAUGAAAAUUUGCCAAACUCUGCAGAACGAUCUAACCUGCAGGAAAAAGCGAAUAAACGGCGCAGCCGAUUCACUAGAACCGUGUUAGGAAGUAUCGGAUAAAAUCUGCCAAAGGAUUGCAGAUUCUGCUGCGUGCAUUUUUGUGUUCUUCCUGCAAGUGCAAUCGGUAAACGUGACCAUUGAUAGAAGAUUGAAACGCGUUUGGAGAAUUGAAGCCACUAGUUAGAGGCGAGCUGAGGCGAGGAUCAAAGGAAAAUUAUCCAAUUUUCGAAGAAUUUUCCUUCCCCAGUUCCGAAGCUGUAUGAGUGAGUCAGUGUCAGUGUGAGUGAAUGUGCCCCACAAAAUUAGUGUGUGCCGAGUUUGAGCCCUUUCUGCCAAGUGGUGCUUUCUGGGUGACGAAGUCAAAUCAGCGGAGAGAAGGAGAGCAGAAAGGUUGUGUCCUAAUAAUAUAAAGCAAUCGUGAAUCCUCCAGUUGUAGGAAGCAAAGGAAGAAUGCCAAAAAAUAUGUAUAUCUGAAAAAGGAGGGGGGUAAGGAAUCCAGAAAGAGGACAGCCACUCCGGAUAAUAAAGGAUUAAAAUUAAACAUCCGUUGGGCGCUUGCCAGCAAACGGAUAAUUCGGCUGGCCAUCGUCGGACGGAACCGUGCAGUUGCAGAGAGUAUCAACGGCAUCAGCGGAUCUCGUUGGGAGGUAGAAGGGGGGUUUAAUAUUAGUGUGUGGAAAUUGAAAACGCCGAGCCUGAUGACAAUAGUAAUCGUUAUGUCAGCAGCACUCCGCCCUGUCUCCCUCGUCAGCCAUGGGUGGAUCUAGUUUAUCGGGUCGCCGACGGAUUCAGACUCUAGCGACGACGGCGUCUGUCGAGCUCGUGUGAAAAACUCUGGAGCACUCGAAAGGACGAAAACUUCAACUAUCUCUUUUUGUGCAAUGAAUGUUUUUCUGGUAUAAGGCAAGCAGCGUCUCAAAGCGAGGCGCUUUCCACAGAGGACGGAAGGCAAAUGGGUCCUAAGAAAGGCAAGAAGGGCAGCAGUCCGAGGCAUCGAACUGGUCCGCCACCACCCGGUCCCUCAUCGUUAUUCAUUUUCGCCGAGGAUAAUUUCAUUAGGAAAGCAACCAAAUUUAUCAUCGAAUGGCCGCCCUUCGAGUACGGUGUACUGUUGACAAUCAUCGCGAACUGCGUUGUGCUAGCUCUAGAGGAGCAUCUGCCCCAUGGCGACAAAACGGUACUGGCCCAGAAACUCGAGCUGACGGAGAGCUACUUCCUGUGUAUCUUUACGGUCGAGGCGGCACUCAAGAUCGUCGCACUUGGGCUGGUGCUGCAUGCCGACUCUUAUCUGCGCAACAUCUGGAAUAUGAUGGAUUUUUUCGUAGUGUUCACGGGGCUCGUCACGUUGCUCCCUCUUCCGCUCGAAGUAGAUCUCAGAACGUUAAGGUCGAUUCGUGUGUUGCGACCUUUGAAAUUAGUUUCUGGAGUUCCUAGUCUACAAGUUGUACUGAAAUCCAUCAUCAAAGCUAUGGCCCCGCUGCUACAGAUCGGUCUCUUAGUCUUGUUCGCAAUCGUUAUAUUUGCAAUUAUAGGAUUAGAAUUUUACUCUGGUGCUUUGCACAAAAGUUGUUACAGCUUAGAAAAUGCCUUUGAAAUUGUUGAAGAAGGCGACAUGCCGACGCCUUGUUACGACGACGACGACACGAUGAACGUCGAACUGCCAGCCGGAGUGCAUCUGUGCAACCACAACGAGAGUGCAUGCAUUGAACAGUGGGAAGGCCCCAACUAUGGCAUCACGAACUUUGACAACAUCGGCUUCGCCAUGUUAACCGUGUUCCAGUGCAUCACGAUGGAGGGUUGGACGUCAACCAUGUAUUGGACCAAUGACGCAUUAGGCUCAACAUUUAAUUGGAUAUAUUUUGUGCCUUUGAUCAUUAUUGGUUCAUUUUUUAUGCUCAACUUAGUUCUCGGUGUUCUCAGCGGCGAAUUUGCACGAGAACGAGAAAAAGUCGAGAAUCGCCAGGAAUUCUUGAAACUUCGUCGCCAACAGCAGUUGGAGAAGGAGCUGAACGGAUUCGUCGAAUGGAUCUGUAAGGCGGAAGAGAUUAUCCUGGCUGAGGACCGGACCACCGAAGAGGAACGGAUGUACAUAAUGGAGGCUCGCAAAAAGGCCGCUGCUAAACGGAAAAAGCUGAAAAACCUCGGCAAAUCCAAGUCUUCCGAAACCGACGACGAGGAGGUCACAACUGAGUCGGGGGACGAAGGUAUUCUGAAAAAGGAGAAGAAACCGGCCAAAUCUGGCUUCUGGCGAGCUGAAAAGCGAUUACGGUACUGCAUCAGACACACGGUAAAAACCCAAUGGUUUUACUGGUUCGUGAUAGUACUAGUGUUUCUGAACACCAUCUGUGUAGCGGUCGAACAUUACGGACAGCCAAAUUGGUUAAAGCUAUUUUUAUACUACGCCGAAUUUGUGUUCCUAGGGUUAUUCAUGUUCGAGAUGUUGAUCAAGAUCUACGCGCUCGGACCCCGCAUCUAUUUUGAGUCGGCUUUCAACCGGUUCGAUUGCAUUGUUAUCGCUGGUUCAAUCUUCGAGGUGGUUUGGUCUGCCUACAAAGAGGGUUCCUUCGGUAUUUCCGUGCUACGAGCCCUGCGGUUGCUACGUAUAUUCAAGGUCACCAAGUACUGGUCCUCGCUACGUAACUUGGUUAUCUCUUUGCUCAGUUCAAUGCGUUCGAUUAUCUCGUUGCUGUUUCUGCUCUUUCUGUUCAUACUGAUAUUCGCGCUGCUCGGCAUGCAGCUCUUCGGAGGACAGUUCAUCCUACCAGAAGGCACACCACCGACUAACUUCAACACGUUCACCAUCGCACUACUCACUGUGUUCCAGAUCCUCACCGGUGAGGAUUGGAACGAGGUCAUGUACCUCGGCAUAAACUCACAGGGCGGACACGACAGCGGCAUGAUCUACUCACUCUACUUCAUUAUCCUGACACUGUUCGGCAAUUACACCCUGCUGAACGUAUUCUUGGCUAUCGCUGUCGAUAACUUAGCGAACGCACAAGAACUGACCGCAGCAGAAGAGCAGCAGCAGGAACGAGACAAAGAGAAACAGCAGAUGGAACUGGAGAAGGAGAUGGAAGCACUGCAAAAAGCAAAAGACGGCACUCCCACUACGGAAGAAGCGGAGGCAGAAAAGGAAAAAGAGGUCAAAAAAGAGGAGAAGAACGAAGAAGAGGAUGAGGAACAACCGGAAGGUCCGAAACCUAUGCUCCCAUAUUCAUGUAUGUUUGUCUUCUCGUCUACAAACCCAAUGCGUCGUGCAGCGCAUUGGGUGGUCAACCUGCGGUACUUCGAUUUUUUCAUCAUGAUCGUUAUCUCACUGUCAUCGAUUGCGCUGGCCGCAGAAGAUCCGGUACAGGAGGAUGCACCCCGGAACAUCGUUCUCAACAAUCUGGAUUAUGCCUUCACCUGUGUCUUCACGAUCGAAAUGUUGCUGAAAGUUAUCGAUUUGGGUGUGAUUCUACACCCGGGAAGCUAUCUGCGCGAGAUAUGGAACAUCAUGGAUGCCGUUGUCGUCGGAUGUGCAGUUAUCAGUAUUGGAUUCGACAUCAGUGGAAGCGAUGCGGGGGCAGAUUUGUCAACGAUUAAGUCACUCCGGGUGCUGCGAGUUUUGCGCCCACUGAAAACCAUCAAGCGAGUGCCGAAGCUGAAGGCGGUCUUCGAUUGCGUCGUUGGCUCGCUGAAGAAUGUCAUCAAUAUCCUCAUCGUAUAUAUACUGUUCCAGUUCAUUUUCGCCGUCAUCGCAGUGCAACUGUUUAACGGAAAGUUCUUCUAUUGUUCCGAUGAUAGCAAGCACAACAGCAUCGAUUGCAAAGGAUCAUACUUCGUUUUCGAUGAAGUGGACGGACUGCCACGGGCGGCCAAACGCGAAUGGAAGACUCAAUACUUUAAUUAUGAUAAUGUAGCAACCGCCAUGCUGACGCUGUUUGCUGUGCAAACCGGAGAGGGGUGGCCACAAGUCCUCCAGAACUCAAUGGCCGCUACCUACGAGGAUCAGGGACCAAUUCAAAACUUCCGCAUCGAAAUGUCCAUCUUCUAUGUUGUUUACUUCGUAGUGUUUCCAUUCUUCUUCGUGAACAUCUUCGUUGCCUUGAUUAUCAUCACAUUCCAGGAACAGGGCGAGGCAGAGCUGCAGGAUGGCGAGAUUGACAAGAACCAGAAAUCCUGCAUCGACUUCACGAUCGGCGCGAGACCGCUCGAGCGUUACAUUCCAACGAAACAUUCCGGCUUCAAGUACACCGUGUGGCGAAUCAUCGUUUCAGCCCCAUUCGAGUACUUCAUCAUGACACUGAUUGUGUUCAAUACGCUACUGCUGAUGAUGAAGUGUCACGACCAGAACAAAAAGCUAGAGAACUUCAUGAAGUACCUCAAUAUGAUAUUCACCGGAAUGUUUAGUGUGGAAACGGUUCUCAAAAUUAUCGGAUUUGGUGCGAGGAAUUUUUUCAAAGAUGCUUGGAAUGUGUUCGAUUUGAUUACCGUUAUCGGCAGUAUAGUAGAUGCACUCAUUUUACUGCUCUGGGAAAAUUCCUUCAACGUUGGUUUUCUGCGACUAUUCCGCGCUGCCCGUUUGAUCAAACUGCUCCGUCAGGGUGAUACGAUCCGAAUUCUGCUGUGGACCUUCGUACAAUCCUUUAAAGCACUGCCCUACGUCUGCUUGCUGAUAGCAAUGUUGUUCUUCAUCUACGCCAUCAUUGGAAUGCAGGUUUUCGGCAAUAUAGAACUGGACCCUGAUACUGCCAUCAGUCGUCAUAAUAAUUUCAGAUCGUUUCUUGAUGGUUUGAUGCUAUUAUUUAGAUGCGCAACUGGAGAGUCAUGGCCAAAUAUUAUGUUAGCAUGUUUGAAGGGCCGACCCUGUGACCCUCGAGCAAACAAACCGAACGAAACAUGCGGAUCGACGCUGGCUUACGGAUACUUUGUAUCCUUCAUCUUUUUCUGCUCGUUCUUAAUGUUGAACUUGUUCGUCGCUGUCAUUAUGGACAAUUUCGAUUACCUGACGCGUGACUCCAGUAUUCUGGGUGCUCAUCAUCUGGACGAGUUUGUAAGGAUUUGGGCAGAGUACGAUCCGUCUGCUUCUGGAAAACUGCACUAUACAGAGAUGUAUGACAUGCUAAAAAAUAUGGCACCACCUCUUGGAUUCGGGAACAAAUGUCCAAACAGACUUGCUUACAAGAAAUUGAUCCGAAUGAACAUGCCAGUGGACGAAGAAGGGAGGGUAAGCUUUACGACGACAUUGUUUGCGUUGAUUCGGGAAAAUCUUAGCAUUAAGAUGAGACCUGCCGAAGAAAUGGAUCAAGCAGACAGCGAACUUCGCCAAACCAUCAAGCAAAUAUGGCCCAUCCAAGCAAAGAAGAUGAUCGACCUCUUGGUACCCCCGAGGAGCAUGUUGAACAAGGGAAAAAUGACCGUCGGAAAGCUUUACGCCGGGAUAUUACUGCUGGAAACGUGGCGGAAUAAUAAGUGUUUGCAGCUGGAGUGUGACGCGCCCGAUCUUCAGGAUAGGAAAAGCCACGAAAUACAGGAAGCCUACAUCGACGAUGGCCAUCUGCACCCUAACCAUGACAAUCGAAAUGGCAACAGACGAUCGCCUAGUAUACAACGUGGUUCGGCACUGGAGCGAUCGCCGAGUCCUCGACAUUUGCAUCAUGACAUUGGGUUCUCGGAGACGGUAUCCAAUGUGGUGGAAAUCGCACGUAGGGAUCACCUAAUCGGUAGGCACCAGUAUGGGCGCUAUAGAUACGGUAGAGGUUCCUGGUCCGUAGCCACCAGCCCAGCACGAUCACCCUCGCCCACGCGUUUGGAUACCCAGAUAAGCGCACAUCAUCGGUACAACCGGAGGAUACAUCCCUAUGGGACUACCAGUCUGUGCCAGCGAUCGCGAUCCCCAAGUCCGGCACGGUUACAAGAACUGAGGGAAAGAGAACGCGAGCGCUAUCGGGAGGAAAUCGUGUCUCGCCCAUACAUCCAGCAUACGUAUCCAGUAUUACAAUCACACAGAGAUUUCGGAAGAAGACUGCCACCAAGACCAAUUAAACCAACAACCCUACAGUUAAAGCAAACUAAUAUUAAUUUUCCGCGAUUAAAUGCAAGCCCUACGCAUAAUCUUCAUUUAUCCUUAAAUACCCACUCGCUGCCAUACGGUGUUCACUCGUUGCCGAACUCACGUGGCGAGAUAUCACGUGAUCCCCGAAUAUACCAUCACACGGAGAGCGAACGGGAUCGGGAAAGGGAGCGGGAGCGAUUACGCGAGCGGGAGCGUGAUUACGGCUCGCGGUAUGUAUUUCGAGACACCGAACGAGAACUGUUCGAGAUCGAGCGGGAGCUGGAGCGAGCUCGAGACUCCGCGAGAGAUACAGAAUACGAAAGGGUCGAACCCCUCUCGUACGAGCAUCUGUACAACCUGGGUCGAACUGGCGGCAGCACGUUCGGUGCCUCGACCCUGAACGGAUUUAAACCCAAGGUAGGCAUGCAUUCUAUCUAUUCUGAAUCGGACGAAGGUGACUGGUGCUAGCACAGGUUGGAGGAUGAAUCACUCUCCAGAGCCAACAGUGUAACUGACGCCAACACGAGCCACUCUAUACGUCCGGAAGACAACCAGGCCGAAGGAAAGCUAUGCACUCAAUCAUCCAGAGAAGACAAAGACGAAAACUACAACAAUCAUUUCGAUGACAAAGACUUCAGUGAGAGCAGCAAGGAGAAGCCUCCGGCGACAACGCAAUCUACUCAAAAUAGUGCUUGUAGAGAUAAUUAUAAAUACCAACUCAUCGUCGCAAUCAUUCUAUUCGUCAUCGAAUGAUGCUAUUUCGCAAACGAUUCUAGUGAGAUAAACGCCAAGCAACUAUCAGCAACACCAAAAUUGAACAUCAUUUACAUUUGCGGAGUGGAAUCCAUUGCAAAUAUGUUCUCAUGCUUGGAGAGCAGUGAUAAACGAAGCCAAUGUUGUAUAAGUUCGAUAUCUAGGAUGUUACAAUUUACAUUCUUUUUUCAAGCGGAGUGACCAAUCGGGCUUUCAAAACUACUUGAAAAUAUUCCAUCCACAUUGAAUAUAACAAAUACGCGAGAAUCAUUAAGAUAAGCGAACUUUAAGCUGACAAAGAAUAUUCGACGAAAUCAAGCUAAUGACUUCAUUUAUCUAGCUAGCACUGAUGAACAAUUAAUAUCAAUUCAAAUUUUUCGUUAAAUUUGGCGACGAUAUUAACGUGAAAGAGCAAACUUUUAAAUCUCUCGUAACCUAAGGUAGUUCAAUAAAACAAUUUAAGAGUUCAUCUAAACGCGAACAGAAUUAAUAUAGUUUUACGGAAUUGUUGCCGCUUAUUCUUAUCAAAAACCGAAACGGAAAAAAAUGGGAUGUGUUCGAACGCUUGCAAUCGACGGAAGUUUUCCGUGCUAGGAUGGCAACCGCGUGGUGAAUUUAACCAGUACGCGUUAAUUUUUAGGAUUCUCACUCUUCUCUCCAAAACACCCAAACAAGUUAUGUCGAUAAUAGUCUAUCAUAGUUCAUCGCCUCACGAUAACACGAAGAUCAGAUCAGAACCUAGUCGUCUUUAUCUGUUCAAGCUUUAGUCCGUCGAAGUAGCUGUAAAUAAUCAAAGCCUGACCGCGAUUGCACUCUCAUUUUUCGCAUCGAACUCUUAUUAUUUGAGUUACUCAGAACUAGCAAUGAUAGAAUAGCCAAGUUUUUGACUGUACGUUUAAGGGGGUUGUGCACAAAUGAAAUCAGAUAAAAGAACAGUAGGAUAUUAUACGGACUUUCACGGGAAUUGAGUAGUGGUUUGGACGAACUCACAUAGAGAAGAUCUAUUUUUAGACAGGUACAAAUAUUUUUUGGGUGUUCGAGGAGGGAGUACCCCAUCCUGCGUAACCAGAGUACAGCAGUUCUUCAAUAUAUUGGUUAUAUCUGUCAAAGAUUUUAGCGAAUGGAGUAGUAAUCAAUUUUUCAUCUGUUAACAACGGUAAGCGGGUAAUUACAAAAAAAACUGUUGAACUUUACUUUAGUUUGUUUGCCCAGAUUCUAUAGAUUUUAAUGUGUAGUCGCUAACAUGAAAGCUGAAGCAAUCAUUAGAAUAAUCUUUAAAUAGAGUUCAUGAAACACAACAAAUAGUUUCAACCGAUAAUAUUGUUUCCCAGCAAUGCGAUAACAUCAGAUUUCGAUACAGUUUUAUUACCAUUAUUUUCAUGGUGAAUGGUUCUUAACACAUUGAGCAAAUUCGUACUCCUGAAUUCGGAAACCAAUUCAUUGUUAUGUGUUAUUAUUGAAAAAGAAUCAAAAUCAUUGACUGGGACAGAUAUAUAUAUAUAUAGAAGCCUCAAUUUGCUAAGAUUAUACAUUUCCAAUAUUUCAUGAUAAAUUCUGCAACGAAACCAUAGUGAUUGAGGCAUUCGUGAUGUGAAGAUCUUAAAAGGUUAUAAUAUUUUUCAAAAUACUUAAGCCAUAACUUAUGAAGAUAUGAAUAAAUAUUCGAACUGCUAUGAGUGCUGAUCAAUGAAAUGGCUGUGUCAUAAAAAAAAAACAUUUUUUCGAUGUUCUCUUACUCUAUACUUAUUUAUUACUACCAGCUUCCAAAAACAAAAAAAAAGUAAUUUCAUAUUGAAUCUUAGUGCAGAUAUAUCCAAUGUUUUAGAUACUUUUUCUUAAUUUAUUCCUAUUUUUUUACAAAUUGAACAAUUUGAAACAUAUUUCUUCCUGAGAAGCAUUUAACAAAACAUUUAUUUUUCGUCGUUCCAGAAACCGUCAGCUCAUCAUUCUAUUAUUCAUAAGAUUGAAAGUGUUUAUUACUGAGCAUUUUGAACGCUCAAGCUUUCUUGUAUAAGGUUCUGACAGUUUUUUGCACGAACCCUGUUCCCAUUUGUUUGGCUGUCAAAUUCAAUUUCCGCUUGAAAUUAUUCAAUCCAAUUUACAUUUUCCUUGUUUACUUUUAUGGACCAACUUCAUUUAAUAACAUUUAAUAAUAAUUAUAACAUAAUCGUCAAAAAUCUGACAACACUACUCAUUAUCGUUUGUGUUUGACGUUUGCUUAGCGUGAGCACGUAGAAUUUACCCGUUCAUAAAUAUUUAAAUUUCUCCCGUGUCUCAACAGUUCUCAUCAUCGUUAACAGUUUACUGUGAUUGCUUGGUAAGUGUUUCGCAGUUGAUUAAAAAUAUAAUCAAGUGUAAUGUAAUUUUCGUCCAAAAAAUUACAAAUUAAAGUGUCUGAAAUUUGAAUUUAAUCUGUCCGAAAUAUGAUUUAGUGUCCGAAGUUUGAUUCUUAUUCGCUUCAUUUGAAAAGCAUUUUAUUCGAUGAUUUUUUAUGUUUUCAAUCAAAUAGGUACCAUAGUAGAAAGCUUCAAAGCAUAUUGAACUAAUUUAUUGAGAAUAUCAACCAAAUAAUACUUGUGCAUAAUGUUAUUAUAUGUUUUCUGCAUCAAAUGCCUUAAGCGUCCGAAAUAUGAUUCAGAACGGUACUCAAGCAAGACGGGAAUUUGUGAAUAAUUUAUAAUCCGUAGCAAUAUAAGAGCAAUAUGAAAGAGCAUAACAAGAGACACUUUGCAAAUAAGCGCGCAUUAACCCAUUGCGCAUACUUUGCCACAUACACAGCCAAGGUUACAUGUUCACGUUGUUCAUGCUCUCCUGUUUACUCUUAGAAAACACCUUCCAUGUAUACUUUCAAGAUCCAACUUCAUUUUAUAAUGUGUUCUAAUGUAUUCUCACGCAUUUUUGUGAUAGCACUAGUGGUUACGUGGAUAACGUGGCCAUGUAAAACAGCUUUAUAUUCAAGUCGGGCUUGGUUCGAUCCCUGCUUCGCAUCGUUUGGACUUUUUUUUGGGUACAAUUCCAAGCUGACGUUCAGUCUGAGAGAAUGAGAGAUCUGCUCCAUACAUACAAAUAUUUUAAUACUUGUGAAAAAGAUGAUUUUAUUUCCGCAUUUCACCCUACAGCUCCUAAAAAGCAUUUUUUCUUCCAACGCUAGCUUGAGUGUGCGAUUUAAUACACCCUUAGCUUGAUUCAGUUCAAUUUUCAAAGGCCUUCCUCAUUGGAAGCGUUUGGAAUUUGUCCAGACUUUAAUAUAUUCAACAGAAAUAGAAAAAUUAUUCCAUAUCUUCGAUAUAUCGCAGACUAUAAUUUUUUGGAAUAAUUACUUUAAAAGGUGUUCAACGAAAGCUUCACCAUUAGAGCAAGAGAAACAACAAUAAAAAAUGGUUUGACAGAUUUCGAGGGAGUUUUGUGCAAGAUGUGGUUCAGAUCUAAGUCGAGACCUGCCAAUGGGCAAACCGUUCAUGAACUGUUCGAAAGAACUAGUUCACCAAAAAUAGUGAACAAACGGUCGUUCUUUUUUACUGGACAUACAGUUCAUAUGAACGGUGUAUACAGUUCAGAACCAGUUCAGAACGAACUGUGAACGAACGAAUGAAAAGUGAAUAGUCCUUAAAAUGACAAAUGAAAACAAACAAAAGCAAAAAUUGUAGUUUUCAGAAUAGAACGCUAAUAAAUAGCUAGCAGCAUUUGAGGAUACAUUGGGUUUUGAAUUGAAUUGUUUAUCAAAUAAAGUUUUAACUUCAUAAUUCGAAGUUGAGAACAAAAUGAUAAAUUUUUCAGUAAGCUUAUAUGCUUAUCUACUUUACCAGGAAAAGACCCUUAAAAGCAAAAAUACUUUAACAGUCUUGUUAAACGGUAAGUUUGUUACUGAUUUGAUAUAUUUUUCAUAUUAUAUCGUGCACGAUAAUUUUUAAAUGUUCGUGUUUUGGCACAGCGUUUCUAUACCAUUUGUUGCAGCACAAAUGCCGCAUCCUAUGAAAAGAGCUUAUUUAUGCUGAAAAAAGUAAAUCACAUGUCAUUCGGCGAAGAGUAAGAAGCCAGCUGUCAGGACUCGUCUCAGAUUCAGAUAAACGAUCUUGUAAAAUUUAGAAACCGACAAAUCGAUUUCGAACCACUUUCUGUUCAAUUCGGACCGCUGAACGAAAAUGAUGACGAUUAUUCAAGAAGGAUUCACAAUAAAUUCCUUCCAAACGAAUUUGAGAAAUAUAUUGUUCUGUGUGCAGAGAAAAAGUUGAAUUAAGUGGAAGAUAUCCGCCCGAUUCAUAACACUUCUUCAAUUCCAUUUUUUAUUAAAUACGCUUCAUGCAAUAUACAGCGUCAUCUAAUUUUAGAGAAUAUCUUUAAAGUUGAAGAAUACGAAUAUUGGAAGAAAAUAUCAUAACAAACAAUAAAACUAGAGGUUCAAAAGCUUCAUUGUUGUAAGAUAGUAUAAUUCUGCUUUUCUAUUCUUCAAUUCCAUCUCAUUUCAUCGAUAUUCACUGCUCCCACAUCUUUCUUCAAAACAUUUUAACAUCGUUUCAAAUAAUUCCAAUGAAAAAGUUAUAAACAAAUGAAUCGUACAAAAGAAUAAUACCUUUGGUACGAUUCAUUUGUUUAUAACUGUGGUUACGUCUCCAAAAGUAGAACACCUAACGGAGUUUCUUAUCUUUCACUAUAUCAGUAGGAUAAUAAAAGAAGAGAAAGGAAGGAUAGAAAGCCAGUGGUCUUGUCCUAUAUCAGAUUCAGUGUAUUCAAGCAAAAUCUACAAUCGGCUUUCACACACCCAUUUGAUUGAUCAGUAAUUCAGUCCAAUCCAGACUAUUAGUUUUCAAGCAGCACGAGCCUUCAUAAUAUCAACGCUUAUGUGCUGAAGUAUUUAAAUACUUAACACUUGUUUCGUAAAUUCAAGUUAUUCAACAGCAAGCGGAUUUUAUCAUAUUUACAUUCUUAAUUUCUCACAAUACCUUAAAAGCUACCACGUAAGCUGUGUGGUCGGAAUGAAUAGUAAAUAUUUUCAAAUAGACAUUGCACUCCGCCUAUUCUACUGUUAUUCUUUUUGAGUAAAAUACACUACUCACACAUAAGAAAUAAAACACAUUAAUAAUACUAGCUUAUUUGAGAGAUUCGAUUAUUCAAAACUGUUGAGAAUUAGUACUUUAUUAAUAUUUGUACAAACAGCAAUAUCGUCAUUUCAAGAUAAAGCUUUAAUUACCCAAUGUAAAGGUAUAGAAGAAAAAGAGUAAGGGAACCCGAUCAUAGUAUAACAAAGUUAAAUUAGAUUUUAAACCAAAAUUUCGUUGAACAUUUACGCCGAAUAGAUGAAUACAGUCAAAUAGAGUUGAAUCCGUAUUCAUUAUUGAUAUUUAAUUUUACACAAUAAACAUAAACUGCAGCUUGCAUUGAAGAGUUUUGAUGUUUUAUUGUUUGGAAAUUCUAGUCAAAUAUACUGUUACGUUAAAUUGUUUCUCCAACUUUAGCGCAAAUUGGUAGGAACCGAGUACGAAAACGCAAAAAAAACAAAUGCUGUUAAAAUCUGUUUUAUACAACGCGGAUUGAGAAUAGAUAUCUGUGUAGGGGGUGUAGAUUAUAUCAUAUGCAUUUAAGGUUAUAACAAAACAACGUGAUACAUUACAAGUUUAGUGAAGUUAUUCUUGAAACGCGGUAAAAUAACAGAGUCAUACAAAAGAUUCAAAAUAAAUUAUAUAAGGUCGCAUAUUUCAUUCCACGACGAAUAAUCCGAAGAAGGAUCCAAUUCAAACUAGUUUAAAAAAAACAAUAAAUUUAAAAACUAACUUUAGACGCGCCGACUGUACAUACUAAACCACAAAACAAACAGUUUAAACAAGUUUUUACUCAACGGUUCAAAGUUUUAGAUACUCAAAAAAGUAACGCCGCCUCUGACAUUGUGACAUUUUGUCAGAAAACACAAUCAUGCUUUAACGGAAGAUUGAUAUAAUAUUCGAUUACGUUCGAGACUUCAGAUCGAUCGAACCAAUUAGUUGCGUUUCUUCGUACAGAAACGAAACAAGGUCUGCCUUCAUUAUUCUCAUAAGUCUGUAAAUACGAACGAAUAUAUCCAAAUUGAAAUCAAUUCAGUAAGGUACGUUUUUCUCAUGCGAAUAGCUGCACGCAAACAAACAGAAAUUACAAAUGUAAAUUCUUCCCAUUCUACACGAACAGGCAUGUAUCUUUAUUCACAGUUCACUGUAAUAGUAAUAGCAAACACUAGCGUCACACUUUCCAAUUUUCCCUAAUCCCAGUUCCCUUCCAAGCAUUCGUCAAGUACGUAAGAUAUUUGAAAGAACGAAUGAAAAAGAAAAACGAGAAAAUACCAAACUGCCACUAAUCUUACUUUUACAAAUAAAAACAUAGUAAAUCAACUUAACAAAAAAAACAGCUCGAAACGAUGGAACAUAUUUAUACUUGAGCCGAUUCCUAACCAACAAGAAACCACGAAAAGUAAUCACGAACAUACACAAACACAAAUGCGCGUGCGUGCGUAGGAGCAAUUUAUCAUUACACAAAACUAAACACAAAUGCAAACAAUACCGACAUCCUUUCGAGUCGCGUACCAAUGAGUGAAAUCUUUAACGAAAUACUAGCGGUUCCCGGAAGUAGAACCCAAGCAGAAAACCAACUGUGAGAAAAAUUGCAAUGGAAAAACACACGAAAUACAAAAGACAACAAAAACAUUGUGAUGUUUAUUGCAAGAUUUACGUCAAAUAAAAAAAACCAAUUACCGAAAACGAAUCGUGUGAAUGAAAGCGAUUUCAAGGCACCAUGCUGCUCGAUUAAAGUUCGGCGAGUUUCUAUUCCGUAAGGCCACGGGCGGUGGUCGAGUUUAGGUUCAGACAAGUAGUGAUUGUAAUUAGGAAAACAAUAUAAAAACAAAGUGAAAUCGAAGAGGAAGCAUUAUUCGCACAUUUGUACAUUUGUACAUUUGUACAUUUUGUAUUUCGCAGUGUAUAUUCGAAAAAAAUAUAUAAUAAAGAAAAAAAGAAACGCAUUGAAAUUACGUUGCAUUCAGAGAAAUUAAAAAUAUGAGAAUGUUUAGUUGCAGUUUUUGAAAAAAAAAAUGGUCCGAAUAUUCUUGUAAAACUAACGAACGGCAUCGAAACGAAUGAAAAUCUAUGAAAAAACGGUGAAAAAACGAAUGACUUUCGGGUCAAAGUCCAUUAUGAAUUAAUAAGGAGAUGGAUUCGCAUUAUUGUUUUACUUCAGUCAGCGAGCAGUCAACAGUCUGUCUUGAGAUUUUGAAGAUUUUCGUGAUUUUUGAGUCACCCUGUACUACAGUAAAACUUUCGCAUGACAAAAUAUAAACAAAAACAGAAAUCACUACUUUGGGACAAAACGGACAAUGGUGGACUUAUGUUUUAUGAAUUAUGAUAACAUAUCCCACAAAUUAUCAUUUCAUCAAUUCUCGAGAUCAUUCAGAAGAAAUGGCUACGAUUCUUCGGACAGGACCUAAACAGCAAUACUAAAAACAAGUACAUUUGCAAACAAGUACAUAGUGCAUAUCGAUGGCUUGGAAAAUCAAUAUCGUCAAAAACUGAUACCAACAGCUGUUCCUACUGUCAGAAAGGCCAUCGAUUCACAUGCCUCGGGAAAUCAAAUCCGGACGGCUCGCUGAAAGGUUUUGAUCAACACAAACAAGAAUUGAAUCCAGUAAAAACAUCCGCAGAAUCGGCCCAAUUUUCUAAUGGGACUAAACAAGACUAUCCCGAGAGGGAUAUUCCGUCAAAGGAAAUCGGGAGCAGCAUCAUUAACAUAUCUAAUGAAAAACCUAGUGAUUCAGCCGGUUCUGAUUAGAAACGUCGGUUAAUCGUUUUAUUCAUUCAAAUAAUCGAAUAUCUGAAGUUAUAAUCGAUUAAUUUAGUAUCGAAUAAUUUGAAAUCAAAAUAUGAAUACAUCGAAUAAUUGUCACUGUAAUUGCGAUCAAUGAAAGAAGGAAUCUUUCUCAAGGUUAAUGCAUUUUUAGGCUAAGAAUUAGGCUAUAGAAUUUUUUUUAUCCAACCAUCUAACAUCGACAACCCGAUAGAUCACGCGACCAGAAUGACUACGUGAUACGUGAUCAUUUCAAGAAAUAAAUAUUCGUUUGAUUGAUCGAAUAUUGAAAGACAAUUAUUCGAAUGAAUCGAAUAUUGAAAAAUGUCCCAACGAUUAAUCGAUAAUCGAAUAAAUGAAAAAUUUAGACAUCACUACCCAGUUUCUUAUAUUUUCGAGCGGUUAUAAGUCCAAUGUCGGUCGAGCGAUGAAAUGUGCUACAAAAGCGCUUGAAUCUAACCCCUCCUUGCCUCCCAGCAAGCAGCACUGCCUAUCGUUUCUGCUAUAAUUAUGAAGAUAACUUGAACAGAGCGAAACGGCAUCACUGCAGCGAUUGCUUUUUCUCUUUCUCUCUAAACUGUCAUUUAAAGCACAACAGAGGAUGAAUCCGAAAUCAAAUUUGAGACAAGUUCAACGAUUCGGAGACAAAAUUGUUGAUAUGUUACGUCGAGGUAUGCAAAGUAGCAGCAAUAGCAGAAAUGUGCGAUAAUGCAGACGACCGAGAAAAUCGUUGUUGUUUUAUGUAAAGAAAAACGAACGGCGAACAUCAUUUCAGAGAGCAGAUACUACUGGAAAUAUCUACGAGGAAAAAAGGGCAGCGAAGCCAAUUUGAUUGAGUUACAAGUUUCUCCUGCCGACGAUGGAUCAAUACACUCGUCUCGUAAUUAACAACAACAAGUUUGUUACGAACAUAACCAAGUUGAAGUCCCGCGAGAACAAACUCAACCAUCGAUACCACCGGAAUAAGGUGUUGCAGCUUCCGCUGUAGUGCACAAAUGCGACAAAGGUUGCGGCGAAGAAAAAUGCAGCUGUUGGGAUUUCACAGAUGAUACAAUUGCUGCGGAUUAUAGAGCGGGCGGAACGCAAACACCAGUUGCAAUAACGCACGAAUUCCUGGACUUCACCGAAAAGGGAAACCUGAUGGAAACCGAUAGCAUUGGAACGGUUGUGCUGGACCCGACGUUUUCACUUUGAAUUUCAGUAAUGUGUUACUUAAUUUUAAUAUGUAGUUGAAAAUGUUUAGCUCCAGAUAGUUCAUAAGAAAUGUUACUUAUUCCGUCUAGCGGAUUCAUAAUGCUAUGUUAGAGUUAAAAAUAAUGUAACAAUAGCU